AUGCUGGGUAAUAUGAUAAAAACCCGUAUCCCAUAUACCGUUAUUUUGAAGAAUCAGUGUUAUAAUUUUUUAUCAAGAAAACAACUUUGGUAUAGUCAAUAUAAUAAUUUAAAAAAUCGAGAUUCGUUAAAUUAUCUUUAUGAGUUAUAUAAAUCAAUAGAAAGUUGUAAAAGUGGGCAUAUGUUAUAUAAACUUAGUAACAAAGCAUUAAAUUAUCAAAUUUUUGAUUUAUAUAUUUGGAGAUUAAUAGAGAAUAAAUUUUAUGAACUAAAUAAAGAAUUGACACCAAAAGAAUUAUCAUCAAUUAUCAAUCAUUUUAAACAAAUGAAAAUUAAUGAUAGUAAAAUAUAUGAAAAUAGUAUUGACAUAAUAUUAGCUUCAUUGUAUAAUUAUUCAAUACAUGACUUGUCUUUAAUAUGUUUAUCAUAUACUUAUUUUUACAAAGUAAAUAAAAAUUUUUUGAACAAAAUAUCAUCAGCAAUAAUUAAUUUAUAUGAACAAGAAAAAAAUAAUAUACAAAAUUUAACUAAAAGUCAGUUAAAUGAAUUAUUUAUUUCCUAUGUCCAUAUAAUUGGGGCUUAUAGUAAAAUACAGCACAAAAAUAUCGAUCUCUUUAAAGCAGCUUCAGUAUAUAUAUAUGAAGCUUUAAAUCUUGACAUAAAUGUGCCACCAAAAAUUAUUUUAAAAAUUAUAGACUCCUAUUCGAAUGUAAAAAUUAAGCACAGCAAAAUUUUUGACUUACUGGCAAAACAAAUACCUACCACUAAAAUCACUGACGAUGAAUUGAAGAACAUAAAGAGAAACUUGGACAACUUAAAAUAUUCCAACGAUACCCUUGAUAAAUACAUUGAGUAUCGAUUGUCUUAA